UGUAGGAACAAGGAAUGGAAUGGUGUAGAGUAUCAGCCUCAUUUCCCAGGCAGGAGGUAAGGGGACUGGCUGGCGAGGCUACAGAGACUAAGGGAUUUGUUUGAAGGAUGUUCAGGAGCAGAAAUGCAUAUUGGAUUCUAACUGGCCGUGCAGAUGCUUUCACCAACAACGCCAGCUUCCAGAUGUGUAGCAGGAGCUUGUAGAAUCGAAGCGUUCCCUGUGAUCGGUGCCGAGUGGGUUGUGCCUGUGCUGCCAGCAUGGAGAACGAGCAAAUCCCGACCACCACCAAUACCAGCAGCAGCAGCAGCAGCAGCAGCCGUCAGCAAGUCCCACAAAUAUCGGUCUACAGUAGCCUUCCUGAUCGCCAGGCUGUGCAGGUGAUUCAGCAGGCCCUGCACCGACAGCCCAACACUGCCGCUCAGUACCUCCAGCAGAUGUAUGCCGCCCAACAGCAGCACCUGAUGCUGCAAACAGCAGCUCUGCAGCAGCAGCAUCUCAGCAGCGCACAGCUGCAGAGCCUGGCAGCAGUGCAGCAGGCUAGUUUAGCUGCCAAUAGACAGGGAUCAUCACCUAAUGGGAAUGUGUCACAACAGCCAGUCUCUUCACAGACAACGAUUAACCUUGCUACAUCCCCUGCUGCUGCUCAGUUGAUCAGUCGUGCUCAAAGUGUUAACUCUGCAGCUGCCACAGGUAUUGCUCAGCAGGCAGUUCUACUGGGAAACUCCACAAGCCCAGCUCUAACAGCCAGCCAGGCACAGAUGUACCUUCGGGCCCAGAUGGCACAGCAAAGUAACCUUGUGCAAGUAGCUAGGAGCCUAGGACGUGCUGUUCCUUUGUCCCCCCAGCUCAUUUUCACACCCACCGCCACAGUCGCUGCUGUACAGCCUGAGGUCACCAUCUCUUCAGCGAACCAGCAAUCAGCUGCUGCACAGGUGCAGAAUUUAGCAAUAAGAAGUCAACAGAAUACAGCAGCAACAGUUCAGCCACAGCUUCAAAGCGUCACUCUGAAAGCAACCGCGUCAGCUCAGCAGUCUCCAUUUACCUCCCAGCCUAAACCUUUAGGCCCAGGCCCAAGCCCAGGCCCUGUGAGCGGCAACAAAGGAGCCCAGCCUGAAAACAUGGCAGAAAGUGGGAAGAGGGUUGAAAUUGUCAGUUCGUCCAGCAGCGAUACCAGGAGCGUCAGUGUGACCCACACAGCGACCCCUGUGACCACACACCCUCUCAUUACCACAGGUCGCAUUUUAUUCUCAUCUUUCAACCCACCUGGGCAGUCCAACUUCUCCGUAGAGCUUCUUCCAAUAUUGGGCCUUGUAGUAACUAUGCACAAACUCUCCAUGGUUAACAGUUCUACCUCAUACAAACACCACGAGGACCAGCGUAUGACAGCAAUGUCUCCAUUGGGUAAUGAACGGUUUAUGAUGCACUUACUGAGGAAGGGGCCCAGGAUUGUUGCCCGGAGCUACCCCAGGGCCUCCGGCAGUCUUCAAGACCUAAUGCGGGAAUUCGCUUGGGCUCCUGUUGCAAGCUGGCAUGUGGCCCAACCAGCCUGGGGCCUGGGGCUGGAGCAAGCUAACCUCUGGCACGGUAUGGGCAGGAUUGGAGGUUCUGAGAACUUUAUAAUGCAGGAUGAUACUUCUGAGUGCUUGGGAGAUGUCAUAGUUGCUAUGAAGCUGUUUUCAGUAUCAGUUGGACUCAUCGUCAGCCUAGUUGAGAUUAUUGAAAACAUGUGUAAUUUGUUGGUUGCCAAUCCCCGAUCCAGGUUCUCCACUCAAGAGAUUUUGGGAAGUGAAUGGAAAGAGGAUUUUUACAGUUGGCUGCUGGAGCUGAGAAUGUUCUGCCUGGAGGAUUCGAGAGGGGUCACAGGUCACAAGGAAGUGGUUCCACCAACUCCUGGCUUGUGCCUUGUAGAUGGUUGGAAGUCUUCGGGGAGUCAGGAGAUCCAGCAGUGCCAGAGGAGCACCCAGGACAACGCCAGGAGAGAGAAGAUAGACACUGCCCUUGAGAAAGGACCGGUAGAGAAAUCUGCAGCUCAAACCACCCCUCUGGCCUCCACAUGCUUAGCGACUUUGGAUCAAAAGAAAGCUGACUCAGCCAAGCCUGUAACCCAAGGGAAAGUUCCGGAGAGCGUUAAUGCAAAGAGCACCCCCCCUGUCCCCACCAUGACAUCCGGGAAUGGCAACGCGACUUCAUCUGUCACUGCAAGCGUGCCCCAGAGCGCUGAGAACAAACCUCCACAGGCAAUUGUCAAACCACAGAUCCUGACUCAUGUCAUUGAAGGGUUUGUCAUACAAGAGGGAGCUGAGCCUUUUCCAGUUGGCCGAUCUUCUUUGCUGAUUGAAAAUCUGGCUAAACAAAAGCAACAGCAGCAACAGGCAUCAGUACAGCCAGCGGAGAAACUGCCCCAACUGAACAAUACCGACUCGGAGAUGGAUGAUCUCAGUCAGCAAGAUUCAAAGGAAAAGGAAGAAGAUGCUCUCAAAUUGAAGUGUGAAUUUUGUGGAAGGCUUGAUUAUGCUCAUAAGUUUAAAGGAUCGAAAAGAUUUUGCUCCAUGGCUUGUGCAAAGAGAUACAAUGUUGGCUGCAGUAAGCGAGUGGGUCUCUUCAAACCAGAUAAGAGCAAAUACUUACAGAAGAAAGAAGGAGGCAAAUUAGGCCGCAGGGGACCAAGGAAGAACAGUUUACACAAUGCCAAUAAAGAACAACAUAAAAAACAACUGAAGCAGCCGCCAGCUAAUGUCGGGUUAAGUCAAGAGGAUUCGAGCAGAGGGUCAGAUAACUCCAGCUAUGAAGAACCACUGUCACCCAUCUCUGCCAGCUCAUCCAGUUCACGGAGGCGCCAGAGUGAACGAGAGCUGGAUAUCCAUGAUAUGAGGGUCCGAGACCCAAUGGGAAUCAGUCAUCACUUCCUGCCUAGUGAUCCCACCAAGUGGAAUGUAGAGGACGUGUGUGAAUUCAUCCGUUCACUGCCAGGUUGCCAGGAGAUUGCUGAUGAAUUCCGGGCACAGGAGAUUGAUGGCCAGGCCCUUUUGUUGCUGAAAGAAGAUCAUCUCAUGAGUGCCAUGAACAUUAAGUUAGGGCCAGCUUUGAAAAUAUAUGCCCGAAUCAACAUGCUGAAAGAUUCCUAACCGGAAGCAACAGGACAUCAAGAGGAUCAUUGGACAGCUGGAGUAACGGCUAUUCUACAAGCCAAAGUUUCUGGUCACUGUGAUGGUAGUGCUCUUUGGAAAGAAAACUGAAGUGUUGUACUACAAGCUGCAACUAAAAUGAGCACAGCAACAAAACUACUAUUGGCUUCAUGAGAAGCUCUCAUUCCGGGUACAAUAUUUCCCAAAUAAGGAAAAAAGUGCUAUUCCACAAGCAAAGCUAAAUGCAGAAAUAUUGGCACAAGGAGCCAUUUCACAAGGUGAUCCGGUGUUGUUGAGGGUCCAGACACUGACUCCUUACAGAAUGUAGUGACCCUGCCAGUGGUUGGCUAUUGGACAGCUCACUGCCCUCCUGAAAAUAGUUGCUUUUUGGAACUAGAUCUGUGCUGAGGUUGGUCUCUGUUUGAACCUGCAUGUUUAGAAAAUUAGACUUGCUUUAGAAUGAUUUGAUAAUCAACAGAUCUAUUUUGUGAUCUUUUAAUGUGCCUGGAAUAACAAAAUGGUGCUGUAAAAACGACUCUAUUUGUAAUCGUAAAAGGCAGGAUGAUUUAUUUGUGUGGAUGUUCCUGUUUCUAGAACCUUUAGAUCAUAUAAAAGAAACAAGUGACUUAACUUGCUGUCUCUGCAGCAGUUUGCUUUACAAACCUCAGCUGAAAAGAUCGCCCGUAAACAUUCUACUUCCCAAGAGAAUCUACAUCCAAUUACAUUUUCCAAAUCCGUUUUUUCCCUCCCUCAAUCCUUCUUUCCUAAGCUAUUCAAUGAUUCAGACAUCCGAACAGCCCAGAAAACAUACAUUCAAGAGGUAACUGAUUAAACUGAAGGAUUUGGCUGGCCAACAGCUGGUUCACAUGAUUUAGUGAGAGGAUCUGAACUGCAUUCCCAGCAGGAGCAGAGGAUUCACAAAGUGGAUGAGAACAGAGUGAAUAGCUUUCUCGCUCUGUAUGGAAAGAUGCCGAGUACAGUUUGUCCACUUCCCUGUACUUGACCCAAGUGGCAGCUCCUGAUAAUCGAAUCUGGGCUGGGAGUGGCAAGAGUGAAUCACAGCCAGUCACAAUCCUGUCCUUACCUAAUGCCCUCAUGCACAGUUCCAUUAUUAUCAGGAGUAGAAUCCCUAGCUGAUUUCCUUCCCCCUUUCAGCCUCCAGAAUCCCAGAAGCAUUGAAGCUAAAUGAGCAUGGCUGCCUUGGCUGAUUUUAACCCUGCAACUUUUCCAGCCCUAUGGCUCGCUCAGUCUGCCUUUUUACCAACUGAAUUCUCCCAAAAGCUUCCAAUGAUAUACUUUUGGUAAAAUUGGUGUGGUUAUUAGUGCAGUGCAGCCAUAACCACUGUUAGCCAAAGCUCUGUAACCAAUGAGUUGUAACAAAGUUAGUCACUUGACCACGUGCAGAGUUUGGAGUCCCAUUUGGCAGCAUACUCUUUGUGGUGCAGUGCAUCAUAUGUUCUUCACUUCAGAGAAUGCUACAUUGCUGGCCCAAAGACCAGCUAAACUUCAAAUGUGGUGAGACUAUAGGGCAAGAUAUUGAAAUGUAACUUUAGCCAUUGGUUUUUAUUUCUGUGUAAGUUGCAACAUAUUUUGUAUGUGCAUCUGGUCACUUUUCUACUCUCAGUCUUGUUUUGACAGUUUUUAGGUUGAAGGUCUGAUUUGCUUAGAUGUUCAAGUACACAUGAGAGUCCACAGUUGCCAUGGACGAUUCACUUCAAGUGGCUAAUCUUGAAAAAAAACCUAGGAUUACACCCAGCAAUUAAGAUAUUAUAUUUUAUUUCUGGUCUGUUAACUACUUCAUACCAGCCACAGAAGGUUAAGUGUUGGCUGCCAAACAAAUCCUUUAUUUCUCUCCCUUGUAAGAAUUCCAUUUUAUUCUUUUGACAAAAGAAAAAUGUUUCUAAGUUGUUUAAGAUUUGGAAAGACGCGGAGUCUGGGAAUGUUUAGCUCUUAGCUCCCUUAGUAACUUUGCUCAAUACUGGCACUUUCACCGUUAGAAAGUCUGCACCGUUAUUAAGUUACAAUGUGAUAGACGUGAGUAAUGGAUUAGGAUGCCACUGCUACAUUCUUUUAUCCUGGAAUCUUGUUUGGCAACGAGUGCCCUUUUAAAGGGUGAUGUGUGUGUAUUCUGAGCUUAUGAAAUUAUAUAGCAUUUUACAGUCCACUAGUCAAUCACCCUUUCUCUAAUUAUAGUGACUCUGCUCCAUCAGCUUCCAUAGAAGGAAAUCUUAAUAUUUUCAACAAUACAAAUGGAAAGGCUACAGAUGACCAAAGACAGUAAAUAUUCAGUAAUGUGGUUUAUGAUACUUGGUCAUUUCUCUAUUUUCUGUUUGUUUCUCCGUAGGGAAAGUACUGUGGUAAUUACAUUUCCAUGUUCAUUUGUGCAGAACUUGAAUUUUUAUUUCCGUGAAGGAUAACAUUUGCAUAAGUCAUUUGUAUUUUUUUUAAUCUUUGAAUAACUGUGUUUCAUGUAUGUAUUUUUGUUAAAAAGUAUUAGUACUGAAAUGUUUUUUUGACAAAAUAGAAGACACCUUAAAUAACUUGCAGCUCGAUCCAUACAAACAGUAUUCAAAUGAAUAAGCUCCACUGUCUUUAAGUGAAAAUUAUUUUGAGCGCCUCAAUGGCUGAGUGAGUAAAUGCGCUGCCUGGUAUGGUACCUGUACAAACUAGGUAGCUCCUAGGUUCAGUUCAUUCGUGGCGAUGAUAGGACACGACAGCUGGUUUUGGUCCCCCAUGGGCUAGACAGGAGGGCAAGGGAGGAAAAUUGACCAUGGUUCCUGCUUCUAGUCAAUAUCCAGUGAUCCGUGCUGGAGAGUUGGAUAAGGGCAGAGCCAGACUUGGUUGUGAUAGUUUCCUAAGUUGCGUUGGCUGAGUGAGACUGAGUGACUCACCAAGGUACCCACAUCAGAGACAGCCACUUGGGUGAGGUGCCAAGAGGGCCACCGGUGUUGGUCAAACCAUAUCGCAGCAAACCAGCACCUUCAGGGAAAUGAGUGUGGAAAUUUGAUGGGCAAGGACUGUCUCACCACCCCCCCCCCCAAAAGAAAAGGUGUUUGCUUGUGGACUUGGGAGUCAUAUAUCAGCCUUGCAGAUCGGAGGUCUCAGGCCAGUUCCCUUGUUUCCCUUCAAAGAAGUUCACCAAAAUCAAAUGAUUCGAAACUUGUUGAUAGAUUUGGCAGAUGGAUCGAUUAAUUAGAAAUAUCAGCUUUUGUACAUCUUGGUUUUUACAAUACCAGAUGUCGACCCUAUUGACGUUGUAAGUGUUGCCCUCUAUGAACGACCAUCACACAAUUUGUUCCUUCGAUCUUUUCUUAUCCUGAGAAAUUGGCAGGAAAAGUAGCCUUUCGGCAUUCUUAACUAUAUAUUUUCUCUUUUUUAAAGUACUGUCUAUGGCAUAAGAUAUUACUUUAACUGAUGUAUCUAUGCAUAACAAAGCAAUAAACAUUUCAGUACUAGUAGCUGCUGUUUUGGAAGGUGACAUUAAGAUUUUUUUCGGCCAAGUUACAAAACUCAAAUGGAGUUACUUGAAGAAAUUGAGCCGGAUUUUAGUUAUUUUGCCCUAAUUUUAUAUUUUUUUUGUUAAACUCCCUUAAUUUCUUUUUUUUAACUAAAAAGCAACAAAAUGCAUUGUUUUAAAAUGUACAUCACUCUGUAACGAAAUGUAUUUUUUUUUACAUUCUAAAGCCAUUCUCAAGACCUCUUUGUUAGUUCAGUGCCUGCCUCAGGUUUUGAAUUAUAUUUCAUGAUGCAUGUACAUGUUUUAAAAGCUACAUGGAUAUUCAUUCAAGGGGUUCAGUCUGUUUGCAAUAUAUGUCCUUAUUUCACCAAACCUUUUGCUGAGUUUUCAGUAGCUGCAGGUGCUGUUUAUGGUGACUGAUGUAAAUGUGAAUUGAAAUAGCAGUGUUUACAUUCCUGCAAGAUGUCUUGUUUUCCUGUUAACGGUGUGUGUAGCCAGGCUCAGCACUUGCUGGUGCCUGGUUUUUGUUAUCUUUAAUAAUGUUCUAAUUGUUACAUUACAUAAACAGAGUAAAUUUUACGCCAAAAUUGACACCAUGAGCUCCUAUGGAUGCAUUGAGAACCUGCUGAAUGAGGUUGCAAUAAAUUAUUACUGAGCUGUUCAACUUGUAACAGAAGUAAAACACAGCCCGAUUGAGUGAUCAAUUACUUCUGACUGCAGACAGUUUUUUUCCAUUUCUUGUGUUGGUACGUAAUAAAUUGAUUUAAAAAAA